CGUCCGCAGCCGCCUCGCAACUCGCAAGGGUUUACUCUGCUCCCAAAUCGCCCCCAAAUCCGCCGCCGAUCCCCAACCUCAACCCACCACCCAUGGCGGCCGAGGACAAGAAGAUCACGCUCAAGUCCUCGGACGGCGAGCAGUUCGAGGUGGACGAGGCGGUGGCGAUGGAGUCGCAGACGAUCCGCCACAUGAUCGAGGACGACUGCGCCGACAACGGGAUCCCGCUCCCCAACGUCAACGCCAAGAUCCUCUCCAAGGUCAUCGAGUACUGCAGCAAGCACGUCCAGGCGGCCAACGGCGCCGCGGCGGCGGACGGCGCCCCCGCCGAGGACCUCAAGAACUGGGACGCCGAGUUCGUCAAGGUCGACCAGGCCACGCUCUUCGACCUCAUCCUCGCCGCCAACUACCUCAACAUCAAGGGCCUGCUCGACCUCACCUGCCAGACCGUCGCCGACAUGAUCAAGGGCAAGACACCCGAGGAGAUCCGCAAGACGUUCAACAUCAAGAACGACUUCACCGCCGAGGAGGAGGAGGAGAUCCGCAGGGAGAACCAGUGGGCCUUCGAGUAAAUCCACAUCGCCCCGGUGAAGCUGUAAAUUUACAUAUCUAAUUCACUAGUUAGUCGGAUCGAAAGAGUUGUAAAGUGACAUCAAUUUUGAUCGUUGGUGGUUGAUAGUGUAAUCAUUCUGUCAGCACUUCUUCA